AAGCUUACGGAUGUUGAAGUAAGUUCAGAUCCAUUGUGGUGCUCAUGUUCCUGGGCCAUGGGAUGCACGAUAACUGUACUCCUCAUGCUCAAAGAAGGGCUUCAUUUGGGAGCUUUUGGGGGUCCCUGGACUGGGCUGCAGGUGUCGAUUUUCUUUCUUUGUUUCUCUUGCUCUUUCUGGUUUUUUUUUUAUUAUUAUUAUUUUUUUUAACCAAGACUUUUGAACAUCUGCAGAAAUACAGUAAUAAAACAAACCUGUGUGCCCAUUUUGACUUGAACAGUUCCCGCCCUUGUAGUUUGCUUUUUCUUUUUCCUCCCCUCUGCACACAUGGCGUUUGAAAGUGUUAUGUCUGUAUGUAUUUACUUCUUUAUUUUCAGGCCAGGUGUGUUUUAACGCAAAUCCCAGACAGCAUAUGCUAUUCACAGGGAACCCUUCAAUAUACAUCUCUUACUGGACACCAUUCCAGUUUUGUGCCUAGCAUGAUCAUUACUGAAUAUUGACAACUUUAAGAACCUAAGAAUUUUCAAGAACACAUUUUUACUGUUGUUUCCCUUUGGGGAGAAGAUAUAUGUUAACUCCUUUGGUUGCUACCAUUCCGUGAAAUGCAAUUCAGAGAAUGCUGAAAUGGUAUAAAAAGCCAAACUCUGUAGUGACUGCUUCUGACUGGGAUAAUAAUGUUAGUUAGUUUUCUAUUGGAUUUAUGAGAAUAAGAAAAAUACCAGAAAGAUCUCCUGUGUUAUGUGUGUGUUUGGACUCUGGGUGCUGUUUGGACUGUCGGGCAUGAGGAGAUUGCCACUGGGCAGGUCUGCUGUGAUUCGGAUUUGGGACUUGAGUGGCAGGGACAUGUGACUGCUGUGCGAGGGUUAUUUUUGGGAUCUGGGUGUCAGCUUCUCGUCAGAAACCAUAGAAAGUUAGUGGGAGAUGCACUUGUGGAGGUUCAGAAAGCAACAGGCAUUGUUAUGUGAGUUUUUGAACUUUUGAACAUGGGUUGUUGCUUCCACAAAGAAUUAAGUAGUGACAAUGACAAUGAAAAAAUUGGCCUGUUACAAAAAUCAGUGGAGGAGAAGGAACCGGAGAGCAAGAUAAGUAAAACUUUAUCUUCAUUAUUCAGUGCCUUUGGAGAUGAGGAGCUUCCUGGUGGUGGACGCAGGGCCAGCGUGUGGGCUGGGGUUUUGGCAAGGCUGGCACGCAGACAGGGCCCAGCGCCUGGGCGGCUGCUGGACUCCUCUCCCACGUCCGGGCUCUUUACUGGGUCUGGACACAUAGGUGAGGCUGACAGGAACCCUGACAUCACCACCAUGGGGCACGGUGGUGAAGGUGCCCGGGGCCCUCUGUGGGGGGGCCUCCCUGAUGGUGAGGGGCCCUACUCUCUAGCCCCGGCGCCCCCUGACCAGGGCCUUGGCCACCACCCUCCCUGCCACUGCCCAGCCACCUGGGAAAGCUCUGAGGUGGGGAGCAAGGUGCUGGUCACUGUUCAUAUUGGUAGUGCUGCUGAUUCCUCAGAUCUGAGUGGUGAGGAGAGGGCAGGCGGAGGUCUUGUUUGUGGUGACUGCAAACGGUGUAGGAAUUCCCGAGAGAGCAGGUUUUACAGUAUUUGUGCUGUUGAUCCUGACGGCCCAGAAGGUGGAGAUGAGCUGUGUGCUCAUGCGUGUGAAACAGCUACAGCUCCCCAGAGCGGUCCAGCUGUCACCUCCGAGGGGGCCUACAGAGGGGCCCAGCUACCAGACAGUGCUGGCCGUGGGCCUGGGGGGUCGGAGGCCCCUGGGGCAAAGUUGCCCCUGCAGGUCAGGCCACUCCCAAGGGAGAGAGAGUGGGCUCUUGGUGAGAAAGCUCAACCUCGCUCUGCCCUGGUGAGUGACAGUGACCCACCCUGUGCCGCAGACGUUGGUGCCUUGCUGGCGCAGACCUUCGCCAGCUUCCCUGAAGCUGACAUAGAAAGGAGCACAUUCCGUAAUGUGGGCACACUCCCCACUUUAAACAUCCACUCAGACGCUGCCUGUCUAGUGAGUGCACGCACCAUCCCUCAAGGGAGAUCGCGUGGCAGUUCACAGCCUGGGGGUCUGGUGACUGAUUCACAGAGUACUGUAAUCAGUGGCGCUUCACUUGUUGAGGGAGAUGGUGAUUGUGGGACUGUAACAGCUCAUGCAGUUCAGAGUUUAAACUCUGGAAGGGAAGGAGCAAGUAACUCUGCAAAACCACUGAAAGGCAGCGAUUGUUCCAGUUUAGAUGUUAGCAGAUCAGACUGCAGAAUCCUUUCCGUAUGUCGCGAUAGAAUCAGUUUAAGUUCAGUAAGAUGUAUCACUUCAGGGACCUUUAGAUUUCUGCCUACUCAUGCAAAUUUCCAAGAGCCAGCCCCUCACAGAGGCAACGGCCGGAGGCCCUUGGUACUUGCGGAGCAGCGCCUGGGCGACCGCAGUGUGGAAAGUGGACGCGGCCCGCGUGUAGACAAGGCCGGCUUGUCUUUGCUGUCUCGGGAUCAUCCAUCUUACCAGGAUGAGGGUGACACUAGAGUUUUGGAAGAUGAGGCUUGUGGUAGGAGGGCUUCUGAGUGGAGAGCUGCCGCCCAGGUGGACCUGAGUAUGAACACCGGGGCCAGCAAGGCCUGGGCCCAGAGCCGCAACGUGGUGUGUGCAGUGCAGGCCGCAGCCGGGCCAGGGAUGUCCCAAGACUCGCAGGGAGCACCUCCACACAGCAAGUCCCUCCUCGGCUCCAGGUGGCCUGCAAGUGACCUCAUUUCCUCUGCAGGUGUUUUCACCUGCGCCGAAGAGGAGCGUGAAACAGAGGGUGAGUCGUGUGUGGAGAGCUCAGGGAAGGACCCUCACAGACCAGAGAGUUCUGAGCAGGAACCCCCGAGAGCCAGUCACAGGGACACCGGGACAGCUGCCACAGAGAGCGUCCAGGUAGACCCCCGAACAACCUUUGACUGGGAAGCAAAUGCACAGAAACGCACAGCAGUGCCCAGUCAGAGUGUGCUUGCUUGUGUCAGUUAUGGUGAAGCAAAGAAUCCUGACUUUGAGACAGCUCACACAGGAAGGAACGAUACCUACCGAGUGAAUGACGGCAGUCAUGAGGAUCUCAGCCUUGCACCACCUGUAAGCAAGAGUUCGGCCCCAGGCGUGCAGGACUUGGAAGGCAUGCGGGUGAGCCCUGUGCACAGUGGUGGCAGCCCUCUGCCAAAGCAGGUUCUCUCCCAGUCAGCCGGAGACGCUCCUGAGGCCUCUGGUGGGCGAGCUUCAGGGCUGAAAGAACCAGAGCUGACGGGUGGAGAAGAGGAGGAGGCACUGCGUCUGCAGGAAGGCUGUGGCGGGCCCGGCACUGCCAGCCACACAGGCCUGUGUGGGACAGGUGCAUGCGCAUGCCCUUUCAGCCAGAGCGGUACCAGGCCCACGGCACAGGGACCUGCCUUACAAGGGGACAUGGGCUUGGUGGUCUCUGAAAGAGUGGAGUUAGGGGUUUUUCGUGCAGGGUGCUCCUGCGUGACUGGUGUUUACCCUGCCCAAGUGGACGGGCUGCAGGGGAUUCCUGUUGUCCCAGGUGACAGCAGGGAGGUGGCCGUCCCAGAUUGUGAGUACCCUGCCCUGUCGCUUGUGUCUGAAGAGCUGUCUGAGGGGGAUUUGCGGAGCCCCCCAGGGCAUGAGCAUCCCCAGUUUCUGAGUGCACUUUCCUGCUACCCGAUGGCGGAGCUGGCAAGUCAGGUGUUUUCUGAGGGGCCAGCAGAUGGUUGCAGAUCUGAAGCAGGCUGUCCAUGGACUGAUACAGUCACGAAAGAUACCUUAGAAGAUGAGCAAAUCUUUAGUGAGGACCUGCACUGUAAGCCCCAGGACCUGGAGAUGUCUUUGUUUUGGAUGGAAAAGCCUCCUUUUCAGCUACCAGUGGCAGAAGAUACUGUCAUUUGGGGAUGGCAAGAGACAGGUGCACACUUAGUACCAACAGCCAAAGUUUCAGAGCUAAACCCUAAUGCAAAAGUAUGGGGCACUCCACUGUUACAGCUGGAAGCGCGUGGAGCUGCAGACGGCGGUGUGAGCACCGUCUGGGAGGCGCCACCUGGCCGUGGCCACCUCGGAUUGGACACCAACGGUGAUGGUGACAAAAGUCAUGACAAUGUUGGGCUGUCAGAUCUACAGGAGUCAGACCAGACAGCCAUGAGCACUUUGGGUCUGGACCACUCAGAGUAUGAGUCACCGCCUGAAAGUGGCGAGACAGGAGGGAAUGAAUCUCAACCAGAAAGCCAGGAAGACCCCCGGGAAGUACUUAAAAAGACAUUGGAAUUCUGCUUGUCUAGGGAGAACCUUGCUAGUGACAUGUACCUUAUAUCACAGAUGGACAGUGACCAGUACGUGCCAAUCACCACAGUAGCUAACCUGGACCACAUCAAGAAGCUCAGCACCGACAUGGACCUGAUUGUUGAGGUGCUGAGAUCUUUACCUUUAGUCCAAGUGGAUGAGAAGGGAGAGAAAGUAAGGCCAAAUCAGAACCGUUGCAUAGUGAUACUACGUGAGAUACCUGAGUCCACCCCUGUAGAAGAAGUAGAAGCACUAUUUAAAGGAGAUAACUUACCGAGAUUUAUAAACUGUGAAUUUGCCUAUAAUGAUAAUUGGUUUAUUACAUUUGAAACAGAAGCUGAUGCACAACAGGCUUACAAGUAUCUGAGAGAAGAAGUCAAAACCUUUCAAGGAAAACCAAUUAAGGCACGGAUAAAGGCGAAGGCAAUAGCUAUAAACACGUUUUUGCCAAAGAAUGGCUUUAGGCCUCUGGACAUGAGCCUCUACACACAGCAGCGCUACACGGCGUCGUUUUACUUACCUCCAGUCUAUAGUCCCCAGCAGCAGUUCCCUCUGUACAGCCUGAUAGCCCCCCAGACGUGGUCAGCAACACACAGCUAUCUUGACCCGCCCUUGGUAACACCAUUUCCAAAUACUGGAUUUAUAAAUGGGUUCACGUCUCCAACCUUCAAACCUGCCGCAUCUCCUCUGGCUUCACUCAGACAGUACCCUCCGAGGAGCAGGAAUCCUAGUAAGUCUCACCUGCGCCAUGCCAUCCCCAGUGCAGAGAGGGGGCCUGGGCUGCUGGAAAGUCCUUCCAUAUUUAACUUCACCGCUGACCGCUUGAUGAAUGGUGUGCGCAGCCCACAAGUGAGGCAGACAGCUCAGCCGCGAGCUCGGCUCCAGAACCCUCCGGCCUUUGCCAAGAGAGACGUGGGGCCCGGGCGCGUGGAGCAGAGCAGCUUCGAGUCCUCCCCGGGCUUAGGCAGAGGGAGGAAGAGCUCCUUUGGUUAUCGGAAGAAGCGGGAGGAGAAGUUCACAAGGAGUCAGACUCAGUCUCCAACGCCGCCCAGACCGCCGUCCCCCAGCUUCGAAUUAGGCCUGUCCAGCUUCCCCCCACUGCCUGGGGCAGCAGGGCAUUUGAAGACAGAGGACUUAUUUGAGAACAGGCUGUCUGGCUUGCUCGCAGGAACAUCCAAAGAAAGGAGCCUGAACGCAGAUGCCAGCACGAACACUCUUCCUGCGGUGCACCCGCGAGAGCCCUUGGCGCCCUGUGCCGUGUCCGCAGCCUGCGAGCGCACCCCCUCCCCUGCCCGCCUGCCUGAGGAUGCCAAGGUGGUGGAGAAGCAGAGGGAAACCCUGAGUGUGGACAGACCGCCUCCUGCCCUGGCCCUGAGCACCACUGCAAGUAAAUCGGUGCAGGUGAACGGUGCUGCCUCGGAAUUGCGAAAACCCAGCUACGCAGAGAUUUGUCAGAGGACAAGUAGAGAGCCGCCGUCUUCCCCGUUGCAACCCCCAAAAGAACAGAAGCCAAACCCGGUCGGCUGUGGGAAGGAAGAGAGGAAGGUCACGGAGAGAGAGCCCCCCGCCCCCAAAUCCAGCCCAGGACCACCCAAAGACCAGAGGAGGCCGCUGGGCCGCCGGCCGUCACCCCCGGGCUUGGGGCGGCGUCCGCACAGAGAACAGAGCCCCCCACCCAGGCCCCCUCAGUGAGCACUGAGGUCUGGGAGGGCUGCGAGGAGCUGAGGUCGCCACAACUAGGCACUGUCCCGCUCGGACGUGAGUGAGCCGCUGGCUAGGAGCUUGCAGUGUAGGCGAGGCCCACAAGGUGCCUGCAAGUUAUUUUUCUUCUAUGAGUCGGAUUUCCCCCCUCUUGAAAAAAAUCUAUUUUUCAGGAUUUAAUUAAUAUAAACCUUAUUUUAGGUUGGUGCUUAACUGGAGGUGAUGCAUAAGUCUGAUUUUUUUCAGGAUAGAAAAUGCAUUUAUCCUAACAAAUUGAUAUUUUUUAUUAAGCCUCCAUGUGGCUAUGAAUGCAAGCUAUAUAUAUAGUGAGUUUUUCUAAAUUAAGCGGAACUAUGCUACUUCAUUUUUUAAAAUAACUGGUUAGCAAGUGCGUAUCUCUGAGAUGUCCAGGCCGCCGGGUGAAGCUGAGGACCAGGGAGGAGGACUGAGGUGAUGCUGUGAGCGCAGCCUGGGGCAGCGGGCGGGCUCGCCAGCCUGGGAGCUGCCCUUCACUCGGAAGCCUAGCAGGUGGUUCUAGCAUUUUCUAAGCAGAGUCCGGUUUUGGUCCACUGGGCAGAGUAAGCCUGCAUAGCCCUGAGAGCCCUCUUGUCCUGCCAGCAAGUAACCAGCUCCUCACUCUAGUCUCAAGUGGCUGUUAUGUAAGAUAAACUCAAAGCACAUUGUGAAUAGAACUCAAAUGAAAUAUAAACUUUGUAGCCCACUGACAUGUUACCGCGAAAUUGUACCCUGAUGUUUUGCUCCCGCAAGUGGGUGGGGAGUGGGUGGGGAGGGCGUGGAGCCCGGCUCGCAGUCGGCCCUCCCCACCGCCACCCCCAACUCCCCGGGCCUCCCGGGUCCUCCCGGCAACCCCCCAGAUCCUCCCGGCCCCCGUGCGGAUCGUGGGGGAUGCGGUCGUGGUGCCCUCUGGUGGCGGAGGGUCCCAGCCCGCUCUCCUUACCUCCAAGACAGGGUCAGUGAUCCCUUCUCCAAGUGCUGCUCUCCAAGAACACGCAUGCACUAAAGCUAGCAGUUGAUAAUAAAGUUUAACAUAAAUUAUUUUGUUUUAAAAUGCCUAAAUUUUUUCUUUAGAUAUUCUAAGCAGCAGACAUUAAAGUAUUUCCUGCUAAAUGUAACCAUACAGUUUAUUCCACAAAAUGUUAUUUAAUAAGACUGAGGGUUUUUUUUUUUUAAAGAGAUUAUUUCCAUCCAAUAUUUAAAGACUUGAAUUUUAUUUAAACUUGAAAAUGACUUUGCCUUAACUUUUGUAUAGGACAGCUUAAGAGUUCUGAGAUGGGCCUGGGUUGGCAUGAGUGGGGUCUGCUGUCACGGUGUCACUGGGUGAGCACUGUGGGGAGGACUAGCAGCCGUGUUUGUAAUUUACCUGGAAGAUCUUACACAAUUGAUCUUUUUUCAGAUUGUUGAAAAAUCCUGUAAAUGCAAAUAGUCGAUACUGUAUUAAAUAUGUGCACUUGGGAGUGUGUGCUUUGCUUGUACAGUUGUAAAUAAUCAGAACAUAUUAAAAAGGUACCCUAAAGAGAAAAAUCUGAUAAAAAUUGAUAUAUUAUAAAUGUUACUAUUGACCUGGAUGUAGAUAAACUCAAUGUUGUGGUUUGAAUAUUAUUUUAAUUUGUUGAAGUUUUUUUUCUUUUUCUCUUGUACUGGUGUGUUGAACUGAUUUCUGCCUCUUUGCUGCUGCGAAAGGGAGAUGGAAGUCUGAUUAAAACCUUCAAAUGUUUUCAUGCUCUUCUUAAAAGUAUGUUAAGUAUGUACUAAUCACAGCUAAUUGUGAAAGGGUUUUCAAAAUAUAAUCUGUAAAGUGGAAACUGGCAGGAUCUGCAAGUGAAAGUGAAAAAUAAUCUCUCUAGAAUCACAAAUGGCUAAUAAGCAUGACACGCCUGCGGAGGAAAGCAAGCCCGUCUCCUGGAGAGCAGCGUCUUUGUUCAAAGGCCUGGACACCCACACAGUGCUCAUGUUUCCGAGGCCCCUGAAAGGAGCAGGGAAUUUACUUCAUUGUAGUUGUGAGAUUGCUGACUAAGAGAGUUUGAAAUGAUUGACCUGUUCCACCGAAACCAGUGCAUACUAUAGGAAGAGCUGGAGAGGCCCAGGACCCCGUGAUGUGGCUGCCAGAGGAGGGAGCGACGCAGCAUGUUGCCCCGAAGUCCAAGCCCCAUGGAGCCCAGACACUGGUUUUCAGUAGGUCCCUCCCUGGAGGGCCAUCCGCGCUGUGUGGCCCUGUGAUGGCAGCCGGGCCCUCAAGUGGUGUGACCCAUUUGUCACAUGAGGCCUCCACUCCCGCAGCCUCGAGUCUAGACUUCACUUGGAUGUCAUUUUUACCGCAUCCUUUUAAUUAAGCAAGGGUGAUAUGCCAAAUAGCCAUGUAAUGUCCCCCAACCCCGCCUUUCUGAGGUUCCUGAGAUUUUCCACUCACAGAAAGCACGGGGGUGUCUGGCUUCCUGCCACGUAGCAUCUCUCUGCGGGCAGUCCCUCAGGUAGAGUCAGAGACGACGGCACAGGCGGCAUUCUCCUCGGACAAUUGUGCAGUGUCGUUUUGGAGAGAUGGGGGGAGAGCCCCGCCCUGUUUCACAUGAAUUUCGCACAGUCAUUGCUUUCUGAGAGUCCGUGUCGUGCUGUUUCUGAUCAGGCCCUCCUGUAACCACCACUGGAGGUCGCUAGUGUGGCAAGAAAUCCGUCAUGUUGCCACGUGGUCAGGGCCACCACGGCGCCACGUGGAGUCUGCACUGGGGCUUCGGCCUCAGGGCAGGCGUGGCUGGAGUCUGCAUCCAGGUCUGAGGAGCUGCGGACAAUGGGCCUGAAGGAGCAGCCGUGGUGCCAGCUUGCGGGAGGGCAGGGGCACGGACGCCUCGCCAGGGCUUCUGUUUCUGUUCUACUUUUUUUCAUUAAGACUGGAAUCAAGCUUAUGUGUAAACUAUUGAUAAUUUAAGUUUCCUUUUGUGUCAUUCAGUGUAAAACUGUCUAAUUUGAAAAAAUGUAGGUUAUGAAAAAUAAAGAUUUAGGCACUGUU